UCCGCCGCGAGCGUGUGUCUCAUUUACGAUCCGACGUUCACUAAACAUUCCUCGCGUGCAGUGAAAUUUCACAAAAAUAAUCCGCGUUUUAAACAAAUGGGCGUCGAUAGUGAAACCUAAACUUGUGGUGAUACGAAGUGAUCCGAAUAAUAUAUAUAUAUUUACUUAUUGACAUUAAGUCGUAGUGCAAGUUUACAUUCUUUCCGAGUUUCGCACCGCUUGGGAAAGGACCGUAGAACCGUGACAGUUGUCAGUGUGUUUUGUGCGAGUUACUCGAGGGAGUUUCUUUAAGUGGAAGUCGGAGGCCGUCGUAGAAACCCGGCCCCGACAUGGAGAGUUACUUCGACAUCUCCAACGAUCUGAAUGAUGUCUGGGAAGCGGACAUCGACCCGGUAAGUGGUAUGAAUCUGAAUGCUGCAUUUAGAGGACAUAUAUUUUUAAAACUGGUGAGAUGCAAGAUGUCUUAGACGAGGACUCAGAGAUGGGCGAUUGGCUGAUCGAGCGGGACUCCAAGCUAGGCGUGGUGUUACACGAUAGACUGAUGACAGAUGCGGCCCUUGGCGCUGCCCCUAUCAAGACAGAACAUUCCUACAGCCUCCACUCCGAUGUUGAAUCCUCGCCACCUUCGCCACACCACACCAAAGUUGAUGACAUGGAAGACGAAUGCUAUCCAGCUAUACCAGCGAGCGCGUGGCGGAGCAGACGGCGGUCCAGCGAUUCUCCGCCACCAGAAGUGAAGGCUGAACCCAAAUCGGAGCCCGAGUCUCCCGCAUCGUCCUGCCCCCCUUCGCCGACCCCUGGCACGCCUGUUACACACGUCGACUACGUCAUUGACCACACGACCGGAACAAUCCACAUGCCACAAGCGGUGCUCCAGAAAGUUGGGGCGGCGGGGGUGCCGCAGCUACUGCUGAGUGCGGCGCCGCGCAUCUCCAUGAAUAACAAUAAGCUCUCCAUUAAAGUCACAUCGUCCGGCACUUCAGCAGGUUUCAACCUGCCUCCCACGCCGCCCUCGUCGCUGUCGUCGUCCGACAGCGAGGGCGCGCUGUCGCCGGCGCACGAGGCGUCGGCGCCGCCCGCCGCGCCCGCCGCGCCCGCGCGCCGCGCGCACCUCUACGUGUCGCACCACUCGCGGCAGCCCAUCAACACGCCGCUCAUCAGCAGCCAGCCGAAGGGUUCAACGGGUACGCUCGUGUUAACAGAGGAGGAGAAGCGCACAUUACUGGCCGAAGGAUAUCCCGUUCCGACACGCUUACCCCUCACCAAGGCUGAAGAGAAAUCACUCAAAAAAAUCAGGAGGAAAAUUAAAAAUAAGAUAUCGGCACAAGAAAGCAGACGCAAAAAGAAGGAGUAUAUGGACCAAUUAGAGAGAAAAGUAGAAAUAUUAGUAUCAGAGAAUACAGACUACAGAAAGAGGGUAGAAACACUCGAACAGACGAAUGCGAAUCUUCUGAGCCAGUUGGCAGCUUUGCAGGCGCUCGUUACUCGAGGCGCCAGGAAGUGACGUCAUCAAAUGAAAUAGUUUGCGUGACGUCACACUUCGCUCUCACAUGCACAGGGACUUAAAUCUGCAGAAUACAACAUAACAGACGCUCUGACGUCACUCGGCAAUAACUGCUGCUGGAUUCGAUCACAAAUAGACAACAACCUUAAUACUUUAACUUUUUAAAGCGAAACCGGCAUUUCAUUCUACAUAUACUUUUCACUCGAACAGUCUUUAACAUUAUUUGUUUUUUGCUCACUGUUUCUUCGAAGCUGUGUUUUAAUGUCUGCUAUUUAAAUAGGACUUGUAACAGUAUUACGGCCGGUUCUCGUGAUCAGACAACUGCGGAAGUAUAACCUAAAAAGGCUGUGAGAACUGACAGAUACGAUUUCUCACAGUUCCUAAUGUACGUUUAUCUAUGUAUUAAGUGAACAGUGACAACGAUACUGUCCCCGUAAUGAAGUGUAUAUUUUGUCGAUGUAUAUUUUGGAUGUAAUUUACGAACCGUUACGUAGUAUCCAGAGGAUAGGACUGUUAGUUGAAUGGUUGCUCAUUGUAUUUGUUAGUAAAUAGUUAUUCAGUGGUGCUGGAUAUGAUAUACCUGUAUUUUCGUUUAGGGUAUACCAAAUUUCGAGUGCCACAUUAGGUAUUUAUUAUAAAACUCAGCACGUUUUAAGUGAUCGUUAUCAGUCGACAGCGAACGGUACCGUCAUAGCGAACGUCGAUACUUACUAACGCGUGUUUGAAAUCUCGUAAUAUAUUUUAGAUGUAUAUGAUGCCUCACGGCGAAUAAUUUAAGUUUUCAUUCGUGCGUGUUUUUAUUAAAAUAUGCAAAUAGUUUAAGGAAUUUUAAUUGUUACCUAAAGCGUACGCGCGUGUCACGAAGGGCCCCUUCGCGCUUCGUGACGAUUCUUAAGUUCUGUUGAUCACAUUGCGAUGUUAUUGGCCUUACAGUUUUUAUCGGUUGUUGUGAUUAAACGAUGUUAUAGGCUUGGAACUGUUUAAUGAUGGUUUCUCUCAUAGUGACUUUAGUACGUCCCAUAUCGAGUCGCUACCGUGCGGUGAUAUCGAUAACCUUAGUAGCAUAAUAAUGUAAGGUGAGCGCACCGUGAGCCUUAUCUUUUAAUAUUGAAUUCCAUGAAUUUGCAUUUAUAGCGAAAUGUGUAUCGUCCUAGAGAUUGUAUCAUGUAUUUAAGAUAAUUUGUAUGCAAAAAGUUAUGUUUUCGGUAAUGUCUAGUCUCUGCUGAAACAUUCGAGGUCUCGUUGUGGAGGCGCUCGGGUCGAGGAGGUUAGCAAACAAUUUAAAGCUGCGCUCUAGAUAGACAAGUACAAAUAACUGCAUGCCUUUCAUGAAAAUAACGUAACUAACUAUUAACUAUGAAAUUUAACCGGGCGGUUGAUUUCGUUAACACGUUCACCACUUAAAUGUAUUAUAUUCAUAGAAUCUCGCAGUUCUUAUGUAUCGUAGGUCUUGCCAACAAAGUGCGAAUUUAAAAUCCACAACAGCGGCCGAGGGUCACCGUCUUUGUGAACUAACAUUCUUAUAUACUAAACAUUCCAUAUAUCUUUUUAGUAAUGUGAGUGACUUAAAGUGAGCUCGAGUACUUAUAUUGAUAUAUAACUUAAUCUAAAGCCUGUACAAAUCAUUAUCUGUUAAUUUCAUGUUUUAUAUGUAUUACGUAAGUUUCAUCUUUAAAAGCAUAAUUGUAGCGUGUGGUGAUACCGUGGAAUUUUGUCAAUUCGGAAUUAUUAUCACAUUAUUUACUAUUUAAAAUAAUCUAUAAAUUUUAGAAUAUUUAUAUUAUUUUUCGUUUUAUUAACGCUUCAAUUAAAAACUAGUAAAUCGAUAACGAAAUUUAAAAAAAAAGGUAUAAAAAAUUCCGUUUUUGACAAGGUUCCGAAUGAUGUAUGGUCAAAAUGUUUAACUCAAUCAAUCGGCAUAUUCGUGUUAGUAUAAUAUAUUUACUAUGUGUGCAAUUACUAUGUUCUCUUUUACAUUUUUUAGAAGUUCUUCCUAUUUAGAUGUAAGGGAAUAGAAAUUUAUUUAUAUCGCUCUGUAAUGUAAUACUUCUCCCUCCAAGUUGGGAAUAAUGUUAAAAGAAUUUAUCGAGAUAUAUUUUAAGAGAUUUUUUCUAAUGAAAUUUAGAAAUAUAUAUAUAUAUAUAUAUGUAUAACACUGUUUUACGUGUCUGUCGCUAUACGAGUAAGGAUAGGUUAGUGUGUAUGUACAUAUAUACAAUUUUAUCGUGGAAACUGCAAAGCGUGCCUGCCUAUCAGUUAUUGAUUUUACCAUAAACUAAGAAUCGAACAUAUGACGAAUAAAUGAAUGGUAAUUUUUGAGAAAGCUGUAUUGUUGAAACUAUACAUAAAAAUAAAGUAUUUAACUUUGAUAUAAUAUAUUUAAUUCCUAAUAUGGCAUUUACCGUCUACAAAAGAGUGAUUUAAUUGAAAACGACUUAUAGAAAUUUACUAAAGUAGUUGAUAUUUUAAAUGUAUAAUUAUCGAGCCCGCCCCGGGCGACGAUACAUACAAUAUAUUGUAAACAAAAUGCCAAACUUAAAAUGCAUACAUAAGUAUGAGAGCACCGCACAUUGGGUGACGGCAAGUAAAAUCCAUUCGAGAUAAUAAACACAAUAUAAUUAUAUAAUAUUGAAAUAUUUUUUAUAUUUAUUAAAAUGAAAUCUCGAAUGGGUUGUACAAAGGUUGAUAUGAUAGUCCACGCCGUGUCGUUUUGUUAUUAUUGAAGUGUAAUUUUAUUGAUAGUUUUAUAUAUUAAAACUAUUCACUGUUACCUUGAGUCAUGAUUUGUUGAAUCGUUUUGUUUUAUUAUUAUAUUUCAAUGACAUUGCGGAUUUUACUGUCACCCUUGAGCUAAUAAAGCGUCGGAUAUUGUAAAUCGAUUGUUUUAUUUUUAAUUACAUACUCAU